AUGCAGUCUCCAAGUGUUCAUCAUUCUACCUGUUAUAUGGAUUGCAUUCACGCAUCCCAGAGAAUGCUUCGAAAAAGGUGGGGGAGAGAGCAGUUGCGGACGCAGCAGGAACAGCAGUUGCAGACACAGCAGGAACAGCAGUUGCGGACGCAGCAGGAACAGCAGUUGCGGACGCAGCAGGAACAGCAGUUGCAGACACAACAGUCGCGGAUGCGGAACCAAGAUUGA